AUAUUUUAUGAAGACACUUCAUUUAGUCAGCCUUUGAAUGAGGAGCGACAUAAAUCCUCUGCGUUUGACUGGCAUCACUGUGAUGACAAUCCCCCCCAUCGGCUCUGGGCGUCCAAUCAGAAAUCAGAUCCAGGGCCCCUCCCCAACUCCCAGGUGAGCUAAAUAGUCACACUUCAGCAGAUUUCUGUCAGUCAGUUUCAAGAACCCUCUUAGAUUUAUUUAUUUCUGUUGCGUCAUUUUAAAAUCCAGAUGGUUUUCAGGUCUCCGCUUGAUUUUUUAUCAGCCUCCCGGCUCCUCCUGCCCCACUUCGCCGAUGGGCCCCCUCACCUGCCUCGAUCUCGGUCCCCAGAGGACCCCCCGGCUGCCGCUCCUCCCCUAACCCUCCCAGGACUCUGCUUCUCCGCCUCGCAGAUCGCCAGCGUGUGCGAGACCCUGGAGGAGACCGGGGACAUCGAGCGGCUGGCCCGCUUCCUCUGGUCGCUGCCGGUCACCGCCGACGGCCGGGACUCCAUCUCCGAGCACGAGUCCGUGCGGCGCGCGCGCGCCGUGGUGGCUUUCCACACGGGGAGCUUCCGCGAGCUGUACCGCAUCCUGGAGACGCACCGCUUUACGCGCACCUCACACGGGAAGCUGCAGGCCAUGUGGCUGGAGGCUCACUACCGCGAGGCGGAGAAGCUUCGGGGCAGGCCGCUGGGGCCCGUUGACAAGUACCGGGUCAGGAAGAAGUUCCCGUUACCGAGGACCAUCUGGGACGGAGAGCAGAAGACUCACUGCUUCAAGGAGCGCACUCGGGGGCUGCUGAGAGAGUGGUACCUGCAGGACCCAUACCCCAACCCGGGGAAGAAACGCGAGCUGGCGCACGCCACCGGACUGACACCGACACAGGUUGGGAACUGGUUCAAGAACAGGAGACAGAGGGACCGUGCGGCGGCGGCUAAAAACAGGUUGCAGCACCACCGAGUUUGCCCAGAUGGUUCGCGUCCACUCAGUGGAGGAGACUGCAGUCCGGACGGCAGCGCGGAGCGGGCAGACAGAGAGACUUUCCUCUCAGUAACAGACAGUGACUCAGACCUGGAUGUCUGAAACUUUUGGUCAAAGUAAAAACGGGAACUUUAUAGGACUCUGGGUGUCUGUCGUGUGGUAAUAGAGAGAGAAGCUACAGUGCCUUGCAAAGGUAUUCAUGCCUCUUUCAACCACAAACUUCUAUAAUGUGUUUUAUUGGGAUUGUGUGUUAAAAAAAACAUUAUAUUGUAGCACUGGCUGUAUAAAGGUCAUCAUCCUGCUGGAAGGCAAAUCUCCUUAAAGCUUUUGUAGUCUCUAACAGCUUUUCUACUAAGAUUAUUCUGUAUUUAGCUUCAUCUAGCUUCUCUUUAACUCUGACCAGCAUCCUGUUUCCAUAGUUAAAAAGCAAUCUCACAACACGAUGAUGCCCCAGGGUGAUAAUAUGUUCAUUAUUAUUUGCAAUGUUAGCUUUCCGCUAAAAAGUUCUUUUUUGUGUGUGCAAGCCUCACUUUUUAUUUCUAUUUGUAAAAGAAUAUUGAAAACCAUGCAUCAUUUUCCUUCAGCUUCACAAAUUCGUGCUGCUUUGUGUUCAAACACAAUCCCAAUGGAAUACAUAGACGUCUGUGUUUGUACUGUGGAAGGGCAUGACUAGUUUUAGAAAGGCACUGUAUGUGCAAAAAGCUGAUCAGUGUUAGUGCUACAGAAAGUGUUUAGGGCACAACACGGAAUAUUUUCAUGCCAGCCCAAGAAAUAGUUCAAAGAAGCACAGGUUGCAAUAAAGUUUGCUGCUUCCUCUUUGCUUUCUUAUUGUUUGUUCUAGCCAAGGCUGGUAUAGAGACAACCGGGACCACACUACGGAAAGACUGCUGUGGACAAUCAACCAAUAAUAACCAAAUCCUACCUCCUUGUCUGCCUGUUUGUAUUUUUAUCAUACAAUAGCUUUUCCUCUUCACCUUUACCUCAACAUUCCAUGUUCAAUUUGAUGCUGACAAAAUGUUUUUAGUAUUUUAUAUUAAUAAAAUUAUUUAAAUGAAAA